GCAUUAUGGGUGGCUUCUUAAAUAAAACCUCUUCACUAACUACUGCCUCUGAUCCCUUACAUAAAAAUGAUGUUGUCCAACCAAUGAAACCACCGACUAUUUUAAUCAAUUUCUUAUCAAUAUUUUUUACUCUUCCUAUUAUAAAAAGGUACCAAACAUUGGCACAUAAAGUUCUGAACGAUAUUCCCGGUGGGGCGUUUGAUGGCAGAAAUGUUAAUUAUUUAUUUUUAUAUGGUCCUGGUGACCAAAUUGUUCCUGAGGAGGACAUUAUCGAAUUUAUAAAUAGAUUAAGAAAUAGAAAUGGUGUCUACAUUGGUGAAAAAUCUGGCACUUUAAAAAUUGUUGAAAAAAGAUUUUACCCAGAUAGUAAGCAUGUACAACAUUUCUUAAAAUAUCCCGAUGAAUAUAUUAAUGCUUUAAAAUUAUUUUAUGGAAUGAACAAAUAA